CAAAGGGGCACACACGUAUUACAUCACGAGUCGCGGAGAAUAAAACGGUGCCUUCAGCUUUACGCACGCCGCUUUCUGCACGAGACAACGGGGCAUCAUGCCGGUUUUUGCACGCGAGGAUAACUUGAUAAACACCGAUUAUAACUUGACUUGGUGACUUGUUUCGGAGCGCAAGCCAGCCUCGAAUAUUCACAAGUCCAACCCGCCGCUGGCACACGACAACUACGCGCGAUAAGAGGUCAUCCUGCGAUGCGGUUUCAUUGCUGGGUCACAAAUUCUGAACAAAGUAUUUUAAAUAGUUUAGUCAGGGCGGUUUUUCGACAUGCGUCUCGGAUGUAUCAUUCGCCACCCAUCGUCCAGAACCGCUGGGAACGUUGACUGAUCUAGACUGGGAACUCGACGGUGGACACAUCCAACGCGUAAUUACGCAUAGAUAUUGAGCGAAACAAGCAACACAACACUUAUUUUGUACACUGCUGCUCUGGAGUUUGGCUGCGUUUAUUAUUUGAUUGUACGUCUCCACUUGUUGGUGUUGGGAGUGAGCGGGACUGAGCCAUGGAUCAGUCACAGAACUUAGCGGCGGUGUGUCUGCUGGCGCUGUCUUUGGGUCUCCUGGUGGAGAGGGGGCUCUGUCAACACUACUACCUCCUCCGACCCAUCCCCAGCGACAGUCUGCCCCUCGUGGGGCUCAAGGAGGACCCGGACCCCGUGUUCGACCCCCGGGAGAAGGACCUUAACGAGACCGAGCUGAGGAGCUCGUUGGGGGACUUUGACGGCCGAUUUCUGUCCGUGUUGCCCCCGGAGGACAAGUUCACAGGCAACGAGGAGCUGGACGACUACGAGGUCCAGAAGCCCAGCGGGGUGAUGCCCAAGGAGAUCAAAGCCAUGGAUUUUGACGUGCAGUUCGGCAAGAAGCCCAAACCCAGUAAAAAGCUGAAGCGGAGGCUGCAGCAGUGGCUGUGGGCCUACUCCUUCUGCCCGGUGGUGUCCACCUGGAAUGACCUGGGCAGCCGCUUCUGGCCCCGGUUCGUGCGGGUGGGCAGCUGCCUGAGCAAGAGGUCGUGCUCGGUGCCCGAGGGGAUGGUGUGCAAACCGGCGGACUCCACGCACCUCACGUUGCUGCGGUGGCGGUGCGUGGCGCGUAAAGGGGGCCUGAAGUGCGCCUGGAUCCCCGUGCAGUACCCCAUCAUCACGGAGUGCAAGUGCGCAUGCUCGAACUGAACCCAAGCGAACCCCUCAGUGACUCUAACGCGUGAUAAUAAAUGAAGCUAUGUCAGUGAUUUAUUUUAUUCAUAUGCACUUCCGAGUGUGGAAUGUAUUUUUUGUAUAUGAUGUGCCAUACAGUUGUCUAUAUAUUGUCUUCCUGUACAAAGUGAGUAUAAUGUAACCGCAGAGUCUACUUUAUUGGGCGUAGAGGUGGGGUUAUGUGUUUUGUAUUUAUGGAGAUAUAGGCGCAUAGGGGUCUGUUUUGGAUGGACUGUUUGAUCCACGCGUGUCAUACCGUUUCUUUGCGUCAGCGACUUGUUGUUUCACCGUGUAAAUUAAGAGUACAACUUAUUUAUUCUUUAUAUUCGUAUAAUAAAGAAGACACUGAAAUGAUU